CCACAACCCACCACCAGCAUGCGUUGUUAAAGGUGGUCCACAGAGUUCGAGAGAUGGCUCGCGGUGGAGGAAAGAGAGCUGCAAAAGCCACAGCCAAUUCCACUGUCAACGUAAAGCCUCAACCCCCACCUGCAUCUGGCCCUCCCACGCCGUUUCAAUAUGCACCAGCCUCUCUUCAACCCUUCCUUUCCACCCUCCCGACAGACCAUAUCUACCUUGUACACCUCGACAGCACGCCCCCGAGCCUCAAAAAGCGAGUCUUUAUCGUUCCACUCCUCCUAAACCUACUUCUCACGAUCGGUCUGUGCGUGCGUGUCUACUAUGCCCUACCCGUCUAUCUUGAGCAGAUCAUCACGAUCUUCGGAUAUGAUACUGCCUACAAAGUGGAUACCAAAACCGCCAGCGCCGGUAAACUCAUGAAUGAAGUCAGUUCGCGGACAUUUCUGUUAAUGGUCGAUUAUGCCAUCUUCGGAUUGGUCGGUAGCUGGCCGAAAGAGUUCGUGUUUGGAAGCAAAUGGUCUAGAUUUGUGGGACCGUGGACAUGGAGAAGGACGCUUGGCUUCAAAGACACCGAGAUCAUUGUGCGAAGAGGACGGAAGUGGGACACGCCACUGCUUACGAGCGAAGUGCCGGAGCAGACUAAGACGUGGAGGGUAGAGGAAGAGCUGACUAUCAGGGUCAAGGUUGACGCGGCCAUGCGACUGAAUUAUCUGGAAAAGACUGGCUACCUGCUCCUUGACAAGGAUUGGGAUCUAGACUUCAAGGCGAUGCUGGAUGCUCACAGACUGGCGGACAAGGGUGCUAUCCAAAUGAAAGAUCUCGAAAACUUGGCACUGGUCUACUAUCAGAAGAGAUGGUUGGUCUGGCGGCUACAUGAGGCUCCAGAGAUGACCAUAAAGGAAGCUGAGCAAGACAGUGACCUGGAGAAAUUCAGACGCAAGCUUGCGGAUCUUGGUGCCGAGAGUGUCUUCUUCCGCUGGAUAGAGAUCGUCCAGUAUGAGACCUCCCAACCUGGAGGUUUCACGGAAGGAAGACGAGCUGAAGCUCUCGACCAGUUGAAACAGCUUUUGACGAAGAAAGGGGUGGACUAUGAUAGGUUUUGGGAAGAUAUAGGUGGUCAAGCUGGUCUACCCGGAUUCGAGGCACAGACUUGAAAGUCGACAGGCUAUUUAUGAAGCAUAUCCAAGAAGUCAUUCCUCUUUGAAA